AGCUGCAGCAGAGUGAAGAUACUUUUAAGACCCAAUGGAUCUUCUCUCAUCCCUUCCUGACAUGUUAAUAAUCACUUCUGCUCCCCAUGGCUCCACCUUUUGUUGUCCUGAGUUCAGCAUCUCUGCUUACAUCCUCUCUGUCUGUCUCUUCAUCAUCUUCAUGCUCUUCCCAUCCUACAUAGACAAACAAAGGAUACAAGGGACUGGGAGAUAGCUCAACUGAGAGAGAGAGAGAGAGAGGAAAUGGAAGAGGCCAAGGAUGCCAAGAGGGCUAACAGGAAGGAAUGCAGUAGCCCAAUGGAAGGGAGGCCUCAUCCCACCAAGCUUGUGGAACUGUGCAACCCUCAUCAGCUUACCCACCUCCAAGAUGGUUCCUGCCACAGCAGGAAAUACCAGGCUUACCCGGCUCUUCUGCCCCUCCCUCUUCCUCUCCCUUUGCCUCCGCCGGUGCUGCUUCACAUCCCUCCGAUAUGUACUCUCCCUCAUAGCAUAAACCCCAAACCAAGAGCUCACAUCCACCGAGCCUGGCGGAAGGAGAAACCUUUGGAGGCACAGGUUGCAGUCUUACCGCUUCCUCCAGCAGAUAUCAAGUUGAUCAGACCGCAAACCGACUUGAUGCCGGAAAUUAAGAUCUCCGACAUGGGUGGAAAAUGCGUAGACUGUCACUUGAAACCGGUGGCUGAUCAACAAGCAUUGGUUGCCACCAGGAGGCCUGAUGCCGGUGGUGCGGAGGGGCCUGUCAUUCACCUUCUUGCAAAUCACUUUCUGGUACGGUUUGAUCCCUUGCAGAAAAUCUACCAUUAUGAUGUGAAUAUUUCUCCCCGCCCCUCCAAGGAAAUUGCUCGAAUGAUCAAGAGGAAACUCGUAGAGGACAACUCAGACAUUCUUUCUGGUGCGCUGCCGGUUUUUGAUGGCCGCAAGAAUUUGUACAGUCCAGUCGAAUUCCAAGAGCAUAAGCUCGAGUUCUUCAUAAGUCUACCAAUCCCGGUGACAAAGCACGUGCGUGAUGAAGGUGGCAGUGUGCUCCUUGAAAACAAGAAAUCUAAGCUGUUCAGGGUAAAUAUAAGACUAGCUUCCAAGUUGAAUGGAGAGGAACUGAGCAAAUUUUUGAAAGAAGAGGAAGAUGGAGCUUCUCUUCCUCAAGACUAUCUCCAUGCGUUGGAUGUUGUCUUGCGCGAGAAUGCAACAGAGAAUUGCAUUCAGAUGGAGAGAUCAUUGUACUCGAACACCAUGGGUGGAGCAAAAGACAUUGGUGGUGGUGUUGUUGGAAUGAGAGGCUUCUUUCAGAGUCUUAGACCAACAAAACAAGGCCUCUCCCUCAAUGUUGAUUUCUGUGUGACAGCUUUUCAUGAGAGCAUUGGCAUCAUCCCUUACCUACAAAAGCGUUGCGACUUUUUACGAGAUCUCUCGCAUAAGAAAACCAGGGGAUUGAUAGGAGAAGAGAAAAGGGAAGUGGAGAAGGCUUUGAAAAACAUUAGAAUCUUUGUCUGCCACCGGGAAACAGAUCAGAGAUACCGAGUUUAUAGCCUGACCGAUGAAGUGACGGAGAAUCUCAAGUUCAGAGACAGAGAUGGAAAGUACUUGAUGUUGGUUGAUUAUUUCAAGGAUCAAUACAACCAUGACAUACAAUUUAGAAACCUUCCAUGCUUGCAGAUCAGCAAAAGUAAACCAUGUUAUCUACCGAUGGAGCUCUGUAUGGUUUGUGAAGGCCAGAAGUUCCUCGGAAAACUUUCUGAUGAGCAGGCUUCGAGGAUUCUGAAGAUGGGCUGCCAACGACCUGGUGAACGGAAGGACAUGAUCAAUGGCGUCAUGGGGGGAAGAGUUGGCCCAGCAAGUGGGCUUUAUGCAGCUCAGUUCCAGCUUCAAGUUUCUCGCGAGAUGACACAACUUUGCGGAAGAGUUCUUGAACCUCCCAAACUCAAGCUCGGUGAUGGUGGGCAGGUUAGAGAUAUAACUCCAUCUCGAUAUGACCGGCAGUGGAACUUGCUCGACAGUCACGUGGCUGAAGGCAGCCAUAUCAGAAGGUGGGCUUUGAUAAGUUUUGGUGGAACACCAGAACAGCGGUCCUGCAUUCCUAAGUUCAUAAGCCAACUCUCAUACAGAUGCGAGCAGCUUGGAAUAUUUCUGAAUAAGAAAACUAUUGUCAACCCAUCAUUUGAGCAGAUUCAAGUUCUGAACAACGUGUCCGCUCUGGAAAAUAAACUCAAAAAACUCCAUGAAGCUGCUUCAGGAAACCUGCAACUGGUCAUCUGUAUAAUGGAAAAAAAGCAUAGAGGAUAUGCCGACUUAAAGAGAAUUGCCGAGACAGUUAUAGGUGUCAUAAGUCAGUGUUGCUUAUAUUCCAAUCUGACUAAGCUUAGUUCACAAUUCCUGGCCAAUUUAUCCCUGAAAAUCAAUGCUAAGCUUGGUGGCUGCAAUGUGGUGUUAUAUAAUACUCUACCCUGCCAACUACCUAGAAUUUUCUCAGACGAUGAGCCUGCCAUCUUUAUGGGUGCAGAUGUUACACACCCGCAUCCACUGGAUGAUGUUAGCCCAUCUGUCGCGGCUGUCGUUGGAAGUAUGAACUGGCCUGCAGCAAAUAAGUACAUUUCUAGGAUGAGAUCACAGACUCAUCGGCAAGAAAUCAUCGAAGACCUCGAGGCUAUGGUUGGUGAGCUAAUUGAGGAGUUCCUUUUUGCAGUCAAAAAACUUCCCAAAAGAAUUAUUUUCUUCAGAGAUGGCGUAAGCGAGACCAUGUUUCAUAAGGUGCUGAAGGAAGAACUGCAGGCCAUUAGAGUAGCUUGCUUGAGAUUUUUCAAUUACAAGCCUACCAUUACAUUUCUUGUAGUCCAGAAAAGACACCACACAAGGCUCUUCUUCAAUGAAAAGAAAGCUUCUUAUGGUCAAUUCUCUGAUGAAAACAUACCACCAGGAACCGUCGUGGAUACGGUGAUUACCCAUCCAAGGGAAUUCGAUUUCUACCUAUGUAGUCACUGGGGGAUGAAGGGGACAAGUAGACCCACCCACUAUCAUGUUCUAUGGGAUGAGAACCAGUUCAAAUCUGACGAAGUGCAGAAACUGAUCCACAACCUCUGCUAUACAUUUGUCAGGUGCACCAAACCAGUUUCUCUUGCACCCCCUGCAUAUUAUGCUCAUCUUGCUGCGUAUAGAGGUAGAUUGUAUCUAGACAGGUCUGAUUCCACGACAUUCACAAGAUCGACACUAUCUAGAGCUGGACCUUUACAGACGGCACCGCUGCCAAAGCUCAGAGACAAUGUCAAGAAGCUGAUGUUCUACUGCUGAGUAGUUUUUCCGUUAUGCUGAUAAAUUUUUGACAACCGGUUAACGUGUGAAGAUAUCACAUGGCCGGUCAGUUUCGAGUGGCAAUGUGCAGCGCAAGCAGCAUUCUUUUUGUGGUGCUGUCUGUAUCGACUGGUAAUUCAAUAUCGAAGAAGUUCGUCCUACGAACGAAAGGAUAUUCAAACACCAAAAAGGUACUCCCAAUUUCCGUCUGUGCUAAUACAUUGUAGUUUGCUGAUUUUGCUGCGAUAUUUUGAUAUAGUGAACAGUAUUAUCUUUCUUUAAGCUGGCAUAUUUAUGGUCAAGUGUACAAGCUUUAUUUUGUUGCCUAGAUUGCAAUAAAAGUAUACUAAGUUGGGUGU